AUGUCCCAGAACCUCUUUGGUACGAGUCCAUUCCCUGGUGAUGGAACUGGAUUGAGCUUAAACAUGGAGAAUCAUGAUCCUAAGCAUUGGUGGGGCUCCAAGGGAUUACAGCUAUCCAUCCAGCUUUGUAAUCAGCUGGUGCAGUUGCUAUGGCUCAUGUUAGGCCAGACAUCAAUUUUGCCGAGGACAUCAGACAGGAACAACUUGGAUAUAGGCUCAGAUUACAUGAAGUCUCCGGUCAAGGAUGAUGAAAAUGCACGAGUUGAGCAACACCUACAGGUACCUGAAUUUGUGUUUGAAGAAAGGAAAUUGAAUAUGAAGAAUACUUGUCUACCUCUUGUGUUUCAUUCCCAUGGAGAAUUUGAUACAAGUACAUUGCAGAUCAUUAAAAAUGAAGAUCUCAAAGAGCCAAGGGAGCUGGGUUCAGGUACAUUUGGGGCUGCUUACCAUGGAAAAUGGAGAUGAACAGAUGUUGCCAUCAUGUGGAUA